GACGCGCUCACACGCCGCCUAGUUAAGACACACACACACACAGUCAAGAUGGGGGAUGCGGAUUCGUGGGACGCCGACAACUUCGAGCCUGAGGAGCCGAUCAAAAAGGCGCCAGUACUGGAUAAAUGGGAAGGCGAGGACGAGGAGGAAGAUGUAAAGGAUAAUUGGGAUGAUGAGGAUGAGGAAGAGCAGAAGGUUGAAAUAAAGAAAGCAGAAGUAAAAGUUUCAGAUAAGAAAAAAUUAAGUGAAAAAAUCAAAGAAAAAGAAAAUCUUCAAAGAAAAAAACAAGAGGAGCUGAAAAAGAGGUUACAACAGUCUACAGAGAAGACCAGUCUUACACCAGAGGAAGAGUUAGCAGAAAAACUCAGGGUGAAGAAACUACAAGAGGAAGCAGACCUGGAGCUGGCAAAAGAUGCGUUUGGCGUUAGUAAUAACGUGACAGGAAUUGAUGCCAUGAGCCCCUCCUCUAAAGAUGACUUUACAGAAUUCGAGAAGUUAUUAAAAGAGAAAAUAUCUCCAUAUGAAAAGUCCGUGCAUUAUUCGAGCUUCUUGGAGUCUUUGUUUCGGGAUCUCUGUAUUUCGUUGGAGGUAGAAGACUUGAAGAAAAUCAACAACUCCCUGACAGUGCUACUUAGUGAAAAACAGAAGCAGGAAAAGCAGAACAAAGGGAAGAAGAAGAAGAAGGGAGUUCUACCAGGUGGUGGUCUGAAAGCUAAGAUGAAAGAUGACCUGGCGGACUACGGGGAGUUUGACGGGGGAUAUGUCCAAGACUACGAGGACUUUAUGUGAUGAGGGCUACACUUGAGUUGGCCCCAUUUCACUUGCUUUUCCUGCCCCAAAAUGAAGCACGGCUUACUGUCCAGCACAUUGCUGGAAGGACUGAAAGACGUUGUCUGUUUAAUGUACCCAAUCUCCAGAGGUCAGAGUGGCUUUACCCAAGAGCAUUAUCUACAUGUGGUUUUGUCUCCUGGUUCAGAAAUAUGAAUGCAGGUAACCUGAUUCACUGUCCCUCAGACUGAGCAAAUAUAUUGAAAUUGACAAAUGUCCUUUGUCAAAUUCUUAUUUUGAGAAAGACUGUAUUGGACUGACAGAUGCAAUACCUGAUGUAAUUAGGUAUGUUAAAGUGUGUCAAGUAUAAGACAGAGUAAGUUUGAGCUAUUUCAGAAUAAUUUUACCAAUGAUAAAAUAUCUGAAUAGUAUUACAUUUUGACAGCUGCAGUUUCAUGGAAAUCAAUUUGAUGUUCUAUGCAAAUUAAUUAAUUUGGAAAUGUCUGUGUUUAACUAAUGGGUAUUUUGCUUUUUGUGUGAGCAGCAUUCAUUUUAUGCAGAAAAGUAUAUUUGUAUCUCUGUAUUGACUUGGGUUAAGGCAAUCCAGAUGCUCAUAUUUGAUGUUACAUUUUGGAGGGUUUUGUUCAAGAAUUUUGAACACAGUACAUGGAAAUUAGAGGUGGGACUGUUUAAAGGUAAGUAAACUGUAAAAAGUACUAGAACAAAGUGAAAUACAAAUGUGACAUUUUGUAAAAAGAUCCCAACCUCUUGCAGUCAUCCCCUGGCAAACUGGGAUGUUCCUCAAAUGUUGCGGUGAUGGAUCUCUGCUGGUCAAUUAGGGGAAAAAAAGAUUUAAAUGUUUAAUGUUUAAAGGAAUUUAGUUUGUAUUUGUGUUUGCUACUAAUGCAGUUACACAGGAUGGGAUAUCUUGUCUCAUAGUUCUGUCUUAAACAUGAUAUCUGCAAACCUUUAUUGAGCAAGCUGAGGAACAGGGAUAUACUUACUGGAAGGAUUCAGUGUGUUCAUGUAGAACUGUCUGAAAGGAAUUUGGUAGGUGUUCCCUUUUUUGUUACUUUUGACCAAAUCUACUUUAUGUAAUGCUAAGGAAAUUUGACAUUGACAGUACA